AUGCACCCUAUUCUCAAAAUUGCAUUGAAAGUUAUAUGCAAUAUUAUUUAUGCACAGAUUGAGACUACGAAAUCCGGUAAAGCCGAGCUUUUUCUUUUGUGGUGCAUGAUCACUAGGUCGCACCGCCCGCAUUUUGGUGAUGUUAUCAUCAAACGUUUCCAUAGAGUUAUCUCCUUUCUCACCCACGGUGCAAUUCGUUGUGGUGGUUUGAUUUCUGUCAUUGCCCGCGCCCUCACGGUGCCAUCUCCUCCAGUGUACACCUUUUUCGCGGGUGAUUCUUUAUGUUUGACCCUGCAGACCCUUAGGUUUAUGCACAUGCUUCGUCCGGCCCCAGGCGGGUAUGUUUGGAUGUUGGGUCGCUCCCUUUAUUUCAAGGUCACUAGACCUGAUGACAUAGCUCUCGCUGAACCCAUUAGCGAGACUGAGUGGGUGCUCUCUUCGAACAUUCAAUUACCACCUCGCCCACGUAGGGAACCGCAUGCACAGUCUGAUCGACCAUCUUCAUCCACUCAGCACCCAAACUAUGCAGACGCCACAACUAUAUCCUUUACCUAG